AUGGACGAGAGUGAGAAGGCCGCAUUGGCCUCCUUCUCGGCCGAGGCUUUCAGCUACCUCAGUCUCGGUAUUGCGGUCAUUCUCCUCCGCACAUUUACUCGAACCCGUCAGGUUGGGAUCACAGGUCUCACGGCUGACGACUACUUCAUGCUUCUCACCAUUGUGCCCUACACCACCGAGACGGUCCUUGCGCAUGCCGUCAGUCAGCAAUUCAAUGGAUUGACCAACAGUGGCAUGACUGAUGCCGAGCGUGCUGCUCUUUCUCCCGAUAGCCAAGAGUGGGCUUGGAGAGUGGCAGGCUCAAAGGUCCAGAUCGCAGGCUGGUGCAUGUAUGCAUCAGUCUUGUGGACAAUUAAAGCCUCCCUGUGUGCCUUCUACUCGCGUCUAACAGACGGUGUUCACGGCUACCGCGUUCGAAUUCUGACAGGAUACGCAAUCAUCGGAGUGACAUACCUCGUCAUUAUCCUCACCUACCUGCUGAGCUGUCAGCCGUUCAGCCACUUUUGGCAAAUCUACCCCGACCCAGGAAACCUCUGUCAGCCUGCACUGUCCAAGGUGUACGUCCUCCUGUCGGUUACUCUCAACAUCGCCACCGACGCCUACCUCAUCCUUAUCCCGGUACCUAUGCUGUGGGGAACUCAGCUUCCCACCUUCAAGAAACUCACGCUCGUCGUCGUCUUCUCCGGAGCCCUGUUCGUCAUGGCUGCUGGUCUUCUACGCGGCAUCCUCAUCCUCAAGAACCCAAUCGACGGCCCAAGAGAAGGCUCAGCCUGGGCCGUGCGCGAGUCCUUCGUCGCCGUCGUCACCUCGUGCCUCCCCAUGAUCUGGGGCUGGCUCAAGAUCAAGCUCAAGCCCUUCCUCGGCUCCCUCCUCUCGUCCCAGUCCAAGAAGAACGGCCCGGAGCCGGGAAGCAUCAUGCUCGGCGACACCAACGACGGUUCCGCCUGGCGCUCGGGCAACCGCACGCACACCACGUCCCGCAGCAUCACCACCCGCGUCAUGCCCGCCGCCGAACGCAGCAGCUCCGACCUCAGUCUCAACCCCAAGGCCCUGGGCGGUAUCACGAAGCAGGUUGCCAUCUCCGUGUCUUCUAAGAAAGCCGGGGAUGGGGCAGAGGCGGGGAGUGACAGGAAGGUGCACACGCAGCUGAAGCUUGAUAACAAGUGGUCAUAG